AUGUCGUGCCCGACCGCCUUAACUACCACUAUUGACAAUCCUCGACUCCGUCUACUAAAUGAGCUCAAGAAAGGAGACAAACCCCUGAUGACGUUUGUGGGCCUUCCUUCGGUCCGUACAGCUCAGCUUGUCGCCCUGAGCGGAGUUGAUGGUAUCAUUCUCGACUGCGAGCAUGGUCACAUCAGCGACGACUCCAUGCACAACUCGGUCUCGGCAAUUGCGGCGCUUGGUGUAUCUCCCAUCGUUCGCAUUCGCGGACCCCUGCCUGACCUCAUCAAGCGAGCUUUGGAUACCGGUGCUCACGGCAUCAUGUUUCCCCAGAUCAACUCGGCAGAGGAGGCUCAAGCUGUCGUAAACGCCUCCAAGUUUCCUCCCUAUGGUAUCCGUGGCCAAGGAUCAGCCUUCCCCGCCAUCGCUCACGGCUUGACUACCGCCCAGUACAUGCAAUCGGCAAACGAAACACUUCUCACCUGUAUUCAGAUUGAGACUGUUGCGGGCUUGGAGAACGUCGAGGCCAUCUGUGCUGUUCCCGGCGUUGACAUGAUUUUCAUUGGCCCUAAUGACCUCGCUCAGUCGGUUCUUGGCUACGUGCCCGCCAAAGGAGACGAGCCCGAGUUCGUAGCAGCUCUUAACAAGAUCGUAGCUGCUGCCAAAAAGCACGGGAAGUGGGUGAGCCGUCUGUCCAACAGCGGUGCAUUGGCGAAGGAACAUUUGGAGACUUACGACACCGUGGCGCUGGGUGCUGACAUCAAGGCGAUCAUGAUGUGGUACGCGAGCGAGUUGGAGGCUGCGAGAUCCUAA